AUGACCCGACCAAAGGUCCCCGACGACAAGCGCCGGCGCACCGCCCAGGCUUGCAGUCGUUGCAAGCGCCGGAAGUCAAAGUGUAACGGCCAGAAACCAUGCCAGACGUGUACCAAGAGGGGUUGGACAUGCUUCUAUACGUCCAACGACGCGGCCGAGUAUCCUGGUGCUGAUGUCGGCGCGUCACCCACCAAGCGGCGCCAUAUCGACACAUCUCCGAGGUCGAUUGGCGCAGCCUUGGAUGGUGCCGGGUCGUCUCCUCCCAUCCCUGGCGGCCACAACCAGCCGCAACACUGGGGCGAGGACGAACUUGGUGCUAGCCAGCCCAACCGUGGGGAUACGCCAAUUUCGCCGCCGACGGCACAAAUGACGCAGAUGACACAAAUCACACAGACGGUAUAUACAACGCAGCCAGUCCAGUCGCCUUCGACUCAUGGACAUGCUCCGAAGCCUCCGGUCUAUAGCCCCCGAAGCCAACCCCCGCUGGCGAGCCCGAACGGGCGAAGCGAAGAGACUGAUAUCUACACCGAGGCCAGGAUGUUGGAGGAUCAAACUGGACGACUUCUUUAUAUCGGAGAUACCUCCACUCUCUCCAUUCUCCAGCUGAUCCGCAUCAUUGUCGAGGAUACCGCCGGAGCCGAUAUUGCAUCGCCGUUUAUCUACGACCCCAAACGGCAUCGCAUAAUGGAACACAGUAUUGACUUCCCUGCAAAUGCCGUGGUUCCUAGUCUCCUGCCCGACAGACAGACGGCGAACAUUCUCAUUGACUCGUACUUUACCAACACGUGCGGCAUAAUGGAGGUAUUUGACAAACAGUCAUUUAUGGCGUCCGUCGAUGCUUGCUACAGAUAUUCCUCGGCCGCAAGCAACUAUUUUCUGUGCCACCUGUUUCUAGUUUUUGCUCUGGGUUUGCUUUUUGCGACCCCAGUUCCCGGUAGCCCAGAGGAAGCCGUGAUUGAAAAACAGUUGUCAGCGGGGCCGGACAGACCGGAGCUUUUUUUCCGAAGUGCCAGGUAUAUGAGCGACCGAGAGGCUGGUUUCGAGGAUGCCGACUUCUGGUCCAUCCAGACAUUGUCUUUAAUGACCGUCUAUAUGCUGUCUGUUUCCAAGCGGAAUAGAGCCUAUGCAUACCUUGGCAUGGCGGUCCGGUCGGCUUAUGCCCUGGGAUUACACCGCGAAGAGGCUAUGUACAAGCUCAUCUUCUCACAAGCAGAGAUGAAGAUACGGCGAAAUAUGUGGAAGACGCUGUUAAUUCUCGAUCGCCUCCUGGCUGCCACCCUCGGGAGGCCCGCUGCCAUCUCGGAAGACGAUUGCCCAUAA